GCCCAAGUUCCCAUUGGUCGAUUGGUGAUUAAGGGGUGGGUGGCUAAGUAAAAUAAACGGGACGGCGAAGCUCCCGGUUGGUUUAAUUAACGUGAAAUGUUUCAAAGGACAUAAAAGAAAGGAAAAGGGCUACCAGUUUGGGGAAAAAAAAAAAAAAGCAGCCAUGGCGGAAGUGUUCGCCGGCCACAUUCUGCUCAACAAAGACGGCGAUUUGGUGGAGCCGGAAGAAGCGCUGAGGAACAAGGUGGUGGGCAUCUACUUCUCGGCCGGCUGGUGCCCGCCGUGCCGCGACUUCACGCCGGUGCUGUGCGACUUCUACACGGAGCUGGUGGAGGAGGGCGAGCCCCCCGCUCAGUUCGAGGUGGUCUUCGUGUCGUCGGACAAGUCCGCCGAGGACAUGGUGGAGUACUACCACGACAUGCACGGCGACUGGCUGGCUCUACCUUGGACGGACGACUACAAGCAUGAGCUGAAGAAGCGCUACAGCAUCACAGCCGUGCCCAAGCUGGUGAUCGUGAAGGAGAACGGCCACGUGAUCACGGAUAAGGGCCGCAAGCAGAUCCGAGACCGGGGCCUGGCCUGCUUCGGGACCUGGCUGGAAGCCGCUGAGAUCUUCCAGAACUUUAAAGGCUAGAAAAGCAACGACGAUGCAGAAGUAUGACACCUCGCACCGCCUUUUCAGACACGACUAAAGAAGCUUUAAUGCACCUCAAUCAGGAGUGUCCAAAGUCAACUAAUUGUAAUAAUGAAAUGAAACAGGGGCCGCCUGAAAAGUUGAACGACUUAGCGUGCACCACGGUGAGCUAGUGGUUAGCAUACCUGCCCUGCAGAUCUUUUUGGGGUUUGGAAUCUCAGCAUUUUGCACAUCUUUUUUUUUUGUGCUGGAGUGAUGUUUCCUCCCGCGUUCCAAAAUCCCGCACUCUGAAUGGUUGCGUUUCACACCGUGAGAAAGUGGAUGUGAAUAAUUGUCGCUAUUAAAUUAUUUUAUUAUAUAAAGUGUUUAAACAAUACAUACAUUUCUACUAUGCAGUUUAUUAUUAGGAAAAGCUAAAAAAAAAAUGCUUUAAAAAGCCCAAUUUUUUAGGCUUGGAACACAUUAUUUUUUUUCCCCAUUCAUUGUAAUGGGAAACAUCGAUUCGGUUUUUCGAACAAAUCACUUCUCGAACCGUUAUCCGGGACGGAUUGUGGUCGAGAAGCGAGGUGUCACUGUACCUCUGGAAAAAGUGAGCGUUUGCCUUUUUUCAAAGCAAAUAUUGGCAUAAAUCAGACUUGAAGAUUAUUGUAGGCGUCUAAUCCUAUGCAUUUGGAGAGGAAUCUCAGGCCGAGCUUUUGCGCAACAUGUAAUUUUUGGUAUAUAUUCCUUCAUCCGUGUACUUUUUAUCAUGUUUUUAUGUGUUAAUAAAAUUAUAUCCCAA